AUGGUUGCAAAUACUGCGGAUGCAGUUAAAGCCCAUGCGAUAACAAUACCUGCUGGCCCACCAGUCCUCAAUGCUCCACCUGAACCAACAAAUAGCCCAGUUCCUAUGGAUGAUCCUAUAGCGAUCAUUUGUAAAUGUCUUGACAACAAUUUUCUACUUAAAUUGGAAUUUGCGGAAUUCAAGUUAAUUCUCUCGAGAUCACUAAGUUCUCUCUCAGUACCAUCGGCAUGGGCAUGUGUUAAUGUUUGUGUGGGUAUUGCUGGCUUGAAUGAAUCUAUAAAAGAGCUCCAUACUCCAGUUUUCUCUUGUGGUGGGGUCUCUAAACGUUUAAUUUCUUCAAUUGACGAGAAGUCUUGUUUGUCCGAACUCAUUUUUGUAUAA